CUCCAGCUGGGGGCAGAAGUGUGUGAGAGUGGUGCUGAACAGGAGAGCUUAGGAACGCACCCCAGAGGGACGAGGCGGUGCAGCGCCGGUUGGGAUUUGAGUGUGUGGAGGUGCCUGAUAGCUGCUCACACAGGAAGCAAAAGAUUUCACAAUAAGAGAGUUGCACACACACUCACACACUCACACUCACACACACUCCUCCUCCCUUAGAGGGUAGUCCUGAAACUUCAAAGAGGCAGACAGAGCUCUCUGAUGUGCAGGGGUCCUCUGAAGCUGCUGUGGCAUGCACUUUGACCCCAGGCUGUGAGGAAGAGGAGGCAUGAGGAAGAACUACAGCGCUAUUCCACUCAUCUAUGUGACAGAGGCGGAGCGCAGCGGCUGCGAUGUCCUCAGCAUCCCUGUCCCCAUUCGUCGCGGCGGCUCAGAGUCCAACCUGGACGUGGUGGACAGCGUUGGCGAUGAUGGAGUCGGGCUGGAUUUCACCAAGGGGGCGCUGGGUAUUGACAGCCUGCAGCAGAAGAUCCUCAAGGUGACAGAGCAGAUUAAGGUGGAGCAGGCGGCUCGAGAUCAGAAUGUGGCGGAGUACCUGAAGCUGGUGAACAAUGCAGACAAGCAGCAGGUGUCGCGUAUCCGCCAGGUCUUUGAGAAGAAGAACCAGAAGUCAGCACAGACCAUCGCCCGGCUGCAGAGGAAGUUGGAGCAGUACCACCGUCGCAUGAAGGACAGCGAGACCAACGGCAAGCACAGCCACAAGGAUGUCAGCGGCAAAGAGUCAGGGACUCACAGUAAGGAGGGCAGCCUGCGGGAUGUCAGCGCCACAGGACGACACCCCGCGCUGGAUAAAGUGAAGACGAUCGGGCCCGGCGUGUCACUCUCCCCGCCAUUCUUCUUCAACAAGUCGCGGGAGUUCGCCAACCUCAUCAGGAACAAGUUUGGCAGCGCUGACAACAUCGCCCACCUCAAGAGCUCCAUGGAGUCGGGGUCAGGGCUGCAGGUGGAGGGUGGGGCGAGAGGUCUGAGCGGCAGCGCUACCACAGUAGCCAAGACCACUAAGUACCAGAGCGACGACGAGUGCUCCACUGGGACGUCCGCGUCCGCUGACUCAAACGGGAACCCGGCAGGAGGCUCAGGGGCAGGGUCUGGGGGUCCUGGGAGGUCAGACUCCAAUGGGCGUCUGGGGGAGGUGCUGGACAUGGUACGGGAGAUCAGGGAGGCUCAGGCACAGCUGGCUGAGGACAUGGAGACAAUGAACGCACAGUUCAAACGGGACUACAGCUACUUCACACAGAUGAUGCAGGAGGAAAGAUACAGGUAUGAGCGGUUAGAGGACCAGUUAAAUGACCUGACAGAGCUCCACCAGCAUGAAACCAGUAAUCUGAAGCAGGAGUUGGCCAGUAUUGAGGAGAAGGUGGCUUAUCAGGCCUAUGAGAGAGCUAGGGACAUACAGGAAGUCCUGGAGUCGUGUCAGACUCGCGUGUCAAAGCUUGAGCUCCAGCAGCAGCAGCAGCAGACCGUUCAGCUGGAAAACACUGAUGCCAAGGUGCUGCUGGGGAAGUGCAUCAACAUCAUGCUGGCCAUCGUCACUGUGAUCCUGGUGUGUGUCUCCACGGCAGCCAAGUUCACAGCCCCACUGCUGCGUAGCCGGCUCCACCUGGCACUCACCUGUGUGGGUGUGUCUGUGCUGGCGCUGCUGUGGAAGAACUGGGAACAUUUGCAGUGUGCGUUGGAGCGACUGCUCCUCCCACACUGAUUCUGGUCUCAUUUGUGGGGGCACAAAUGAGACCAGAAAACUUUGCCCCAAACCCCUUGGUCCAGGUCUCCAGGAGGUGUGUUGUCAUGGCAACACAAAAACUGGGGAGGGAGUUUACAUGUAGCCUUACACCAGCCCUAGCUCCCCAGCAAUUUUGGGCUCUAUGGUGACUUGAUUUAUGGCUUUGUGCUUUGCAUGUCUAAAUGGAGUCCACACAGAUCCAUAGCAACUCCAGAUGUAAACUGAUGUAGGUUACAUCAACUUAACAGAAUUGUGACAAUGCUCUACUACGAAUGCUGAAGGGGCAAACAUAUAAAUAUGGCACAAAGCGGCCAUAAUGGUGAAUUAAUACACGAUAAAUAAGCUGGAAUUGAUCAGAUGAGAGCCCUAUUAUUGGCUCAUCAGGAGAAUCUGGAUCGCACCAAGAGACACAGACACUAAAGUCUAAAUAUAAACAAGUGGGCUUUCACUGCUGCGUGGAAACACACUGAUUUUUUUCCUGUCCUUUAAAGGGAAGCGCACCUGUCAUAGCACCACCACCUCACCACCUCUAAACAAACACUCACUGGCUGUAUGUGUGUGUGUUUGCCAGUCAAUUGGUUUUGAUGACUCCUCAUACACCAGCCAGUUGUCACAAACACACAUCCACCUGAAGAUUCGUACUGUGUCUGUAUUUAUUUGCUGUUUUUUUUUGUCCGUGUCUCAUUCAAAAGGACGAUUUUGAAGCCCGAGAUACACAAUGUUUUAAACUAUGGUCGUGUUUGUGUCUGUCUGAGUGUGUAAAUGUGUGUAUUCAUGUACUGUACACCUGCUUGUGUGUGUCUGUACUGUGUUUCUUAAGGGAAUGGUUCAACAUUUUUUGGGAAAUACGCUUAGGAAGGUUGAUACCAGUCUCCUGUCUACGCUUGAAAUAUGAAGCUGGAGCCAGGAGGUGGUCCGCUUAGCUUAGCAUUUAGACUGGAAACAGUGAAAAAGCUGACUGAAGAUAACAAAAUACACCUACCAGCUCCUAUAAAACUAAUUAAUUUACAUACAGUAUAUAUAGAGAGAAUAACUCAUGAUGUCACUUUCUGUCUAUAUUAUGCCUGUAUAUUAAAUUUACUAUCUGCAAUUUGAGUCAGCUGAACACUCUACAAGCACAACUAAACAACAACUUAAUUUGGUUUUGUCCAUUUCCAUUAAACUCUAACUCUCUUCUACAAUCAGUCUUUCAACUUUGUAGUUGUAGUCUCAGCUACAACGUUCAGUCCUCUCUGCUCUUCUGCUGAACUGUGAUAUUUAACCUGCCAGCCUUUAGGACUUAUAAGAAAUUAUAAGAAGUUAAAGGUUAAAGGUGCUAUAUGUAUGUUUUUGGUAUUGUUACACAGCUAGUGUUAGCAUCAGCAGCUGUUUACUUACCAGUCUAGGAGAAACAUUGCAAGUUCAGCAUCAAACUUUAUUCCUUUACUUGCCAAGAGCUGUCUCCAGCAGUGGAAAGCUGCGCCAUUGUUAACUGUUCUACCACUUCUUUUCUUCUUCUUUACUGAAGUUAGCAUGCUAACCAGCUAGCCUAGGCCUGUCCCAUUACUGUAUAAAUAUAUAAAUAUAGAAUAAACAAUGCUAUAAGAUAAUUUUCUAAAUGAAUACUGUCCUGUCCUUUACGGGAGCUGGUAGGUGUAUUUUAUGAGCUUUUAACUCUCAGCAAGAAAACUUAUCAGCUCAAAACUUAUUCAGUCUCCCAAAAUGUUGAACUGUUCCUCCAGAGGAAAGCUUAUGAACUGCCUCCUGUCAUGUUAAUUUGAAGCUUCUGGAUUUCCUUCAAAAUCUGUUUUUGUGUUUUUCAGGUAACAGUUGCUUCUCAAAGCAGUUUGAGGAAAAAAAAAACUUGGUCCAUAGGUUGACUUGGUUUUACUGAGCUCCAAAGACUGCAGCUUUAGCAUCAGCUAACCAGCUAGCAUGUAAACUGUGAGGAGGGUCUACCUGACAUCUGAUUUCAAUGCAGAAAACUCAUUUUUAACAGGAGAAGCAGAGCCCAUCUGUGAUUCCUCCUUUGACUUAAAGAUUGAUUUUAUUGAAAUGCCUUUUUUUUUUUUUUUUUACGAGGUUGAACAAAACAACAUUAACUUCUGUGUGAAGCCUUUUUUGUUGUGCUGCGUUCAUGUCCGGUGGGAAUAAAAAGAAGUGCUGUUCUGACAUUUGAAAGAAUUCCCACCUGCUGAAACUUGCUUUAAGCCACGGAAAAGAGACCGUGACUGAUUAUUUGCUGUUCAUUUUAUUAACUCAUAAUAAUUCCUGUCAGUCUUUUCACACUUUCAACACUCUCCCGUUCAGCUGGGAAGUGACUCAUUUGAGACGAUGUCUAAGACGAGCACAGACAGUCCCGCUGUCAUAUUUUAAGACUUACGAAUUGUAAUGACCUGGAGGAUGAAGAUUGUUCAGUUGUUUUACUUGAAAUAAGUGUCUGUUCUUGUAUUAAGAUGCUGAAAUGUAAGUUAACCUGGAAAAAUCAGGUCUCUGAGCAGCAUUCACCCCUUAUGUUUGCCAUAUGUGGUGAUAUCAGUAUCAUAGCAGCUGUUUUUCCCAUGUGACAUGAAUGCAGCAUCACAGACUGGACAGAGGGAACUGAACAAUGUAGCUCCAUGCUCCCUAACCCUGUAUCACUGUGAUGAUCGGGGGGAUGAAAUAGGACUGAUGCCUUUUCAAUGCAGCUUAUUGUAUUGUAUUGUGUAACUCUGUGUUCUGUUUAUGUCCCUUCAAAAACAACAACAACAACAACAAAAGAGCCAAAUAUGGAGAUUUUUAAGGCACCAUAGCCUUUAUAAGUAACACUGAAAUUGUCUCUUUUACGUUUUCUUACCGUUAGUUGUCAAUGUGUUUUCCAAAUUGGCCCAAACACUAUUUCCGUCUGCUCCUCGGGAGAGACACGCACUUUCUCUGUAAAGCUGUAUUUGUAAGUCCAUAAUGUAUAUUUUCAAAUUUCUGUCUUCUCUACUGUUUGUGUAUUAGUUUCUAGUUAUGAGUUUUCCAUAACAUUAUUUUUAUCAGAUGAGAAAAUAAAUCUUUGUUUUUCUAA